GAGAAACAUCAAUGAUGAGAAAGAAUCAUUGAUCGGCUGCCUCCUGCAUGUCCCCCCACGGGGGAUCGAGCCCACAACCCCGGCAUGUGCCCUUGACCGGAAUCGAACCCGGGACCCUUCGGUCUGCAGGCCAACGCUCUAUCCACUGAGCCAAACCGGCCAGGGCUCUUAUUUUCAAUGAACCCAUGAGGGAACGGUCUUGCGUGUACCACCUCGUGUUUUGUGGUGAGCUCUUGGCCAAGUCAGUUCACUUCGUUGGUAUUUGUCAUCUGUAAAAUGGGAGCCGCUGUUGCUGAUAUAUCCACAGGCCAGGGAACCAGAAGAAUGGCAAGGUUCAAAAAGCCUCGGAGGCGGAGGCGGCUCCUCAUGGGGCCAGGUGGUGCAGAGCGCCUUGGGAAGGGUGGGAUCUGUCCCAAAGAGGCAUCUGGAAAGUCAACAGAGCCAGCCGGUCUGGGACUAAACAAUCAGCAGCCGACGCGGCGUCCGCGGGGACAGAACAGCUAUUCAGACGGUGGGGGCGGCGAGCGGGGGCCCAGCCGCGAAAUGUGGAGAAAGAAGCGCCUCGCACGCGUCCGCUCCGGGCCCACGCCGGUUGCCAUGGCCGCCCCGCCCCGGGCCGCGCGCGGAAUCCCGGCCUCGCGGGGCCUCGGCGCCGCCGGGCGUCCCGGCUUCCUGGUCCGGUCACGUCCAGGAAGGACGAGGGGCACGUGGCGCGGACCGGCGUCCCGCGGGCAGCAGCCCCGCCCCGCGUCUGCCGGCGCCGCGUCCGGGACACGCGACACCCCGCGGGGCGGGCAAGGGGAGCCCCGCGACUGGGACGGGAGCCCAGGUCCCUGCCCCGCCCGCCGCACCCGCGUCCCGCCGCGCCCCGGACUCGGAGCUCCGCGUCCCUGCCACGCCCGUGACCCAGUGGCCGCGGGUCCAAAUCCCUGA